AUGGUUAAAUGUGACAAGACCAAGGACAUGUGUACUGACGUUAGACAUAAUCCUCCACCCUGCCCCCCGGCCCUGCACCAGGAGUUCCCCACCUCGCCCUCUGCCUCCCGCUUCAAGUACCCAGUAGUCAAAACCAACAGAUACCAACACUCCUCCACUCCCUCAGCAAGAGGCAACACCAGCUCCACCUUGGUGAAUGGCUCAUUGGUGUCCUCUAUGUCUCAUCAAGAGGUGGUGAAGCUCAUCAAAUCUGGACCCUAUGUCGCCUUGACACUACAAGGACCGCCCCCUUCGGCAGUGGCCCUGCCCCUUGAGCCCCUACCAACAGACCUCUUACCCAAUCAAAGGACUUCUCUGGGAGGGGAAGUCCCGCCUCCUCCUCCUCCGCCCCUGCCCUCGGGACUAAGCAGCACCCCCUCCCAAAGAAUCACCGGACCCAAGCCACUACAGGAUCCAGAAGUACAGAAACACGCCAGUCAGAUUCUCAUGAAAAUGCUGCAACAGGGAGAGGCUGAGCUCCAGGAGCUGAUGGAGGAACUGUCUCGAAACCCUUCGCCAUCACUGGAGGAGCGGAUCAAAAGCGCCAAGAGGCGGGCUCAUCAAGUUCGGGUCAAGAUUCAGCAAGAUCUGGAAGGAACCCGUUCAGAUUCUGUCACCAACUAUCUGAUAGCCGGAGAAGCUCGACUGUCAGUGGACUCAAGCGAAGGAGACUUGGAGGCCUUUGAGAGCCCCCACUCCUCCCCCUCUUCCUCCUACUUCAGGACCCCCCAACACCGACGGCAGGGCUCCGGCACACACACCUUCUCUGACUCGAGUGGGAAGGCCCAGAUCAUUGGUCCAGAAGAAGAGGAGGAAGAUGAUGGCUAUCAGUUUAAUGAGAUGGAUGGUCCAUUCCAGGAUAUCGAGCUAUUGAAGUCUCGGCCUGCCCACAUGACGGUAUUCAUGAGAUACGUCUUCACCCAGCUGCUCGACCCCAACCCACUGCUGUUCUACCUGUUGGUGGAGGCCUACCUGGGCUCCAGCCCCAAAGACGCCCGUGCCCUCGCCCCUCAGAUCUGCUCCCACUUCCUGGACCCAGAUGCUCCGUUGAAAAUCAAAGUACGGGAGGAGUUCCUCACAGAUAUCGAGAACCGUCUCCAUGCCCAGGAGGACAUCCGGGGUCCUCUGUCGGACCUGCAGCAGCAGGUGCUGCCUGAUAUCCAGGAGCAGAUUCAAGACUACAGGAACAAGCAGAUGAUGGGCCUGGGCUCGCUGUUCGGAGAAGGAGACCUGCUUCAGCUGGAUGGAGACCCGGCCAAAGAGAGACAGGUGGUGGACAGACAGGUCACUGCUCUCUGGGAGAUACUCUCCAAGCACGAAGAGGACAGGAGCUCUCCCCUGGCAUCGGCUGUGCUGCUGUACUUGCGUCAUUCCGGCAUCAAGCUCAGAGACUCCAAGGUUUUCCCCGGUCUGAGCACGGAGAAGGAGAAGUGGCUGGCCUUCUUCCCCAAGACCAAGAAGCAGAGCAGUGCCAAGAAAGAGAAGGAUGGAGAGGACAAGAAGAGGAAUCCUAUCCUGAAGUACAUCGGCAAACCUCGGGGCACCUCCCAGUCCACGUUCCAUGCCCCGUUGUCGCCCACCGAAGUCCGUCCAGGUAGUGUGAGGAACAUCAUCCAGCAAUUUGAGAACCACACAGAGUCGCCAGCAGAAGAGGGGGCUGAAGGUGCAGAUGCCCAGAGACUGUCCUCCAGCAGCCUGGGAGAGGACGGCAUGGACAGUCCCACGGUCUCCGUGCGUCUGGCUCGCAGCGAAUCGUUGAAGGCUCAGGGGGAGGGGCGUCGGCGAGGCGGGACCUCCGGGGCAGAGUCCGUCCCCCGUUCCCGUAGCGAUGUGGACAUGGAGGACUGCGGUGAGGAGAGGGAGGGGCCCGGGCUCAGGCCACUGCAACACAGCACCUCUUCAUCUGCGUCCAGCAGCUCAGCACGGUCCUUAGAGAACCCUACACCCCCCUACACCCCUCGCUCCAGACGCAGGAGCGUGGAGUCCCCGUUGGCCCUGCUGCCUGACACCCUAGCCCUGGAGGAGGAGGCGUGUGACGGUCAGAACUGGCAGGAGAUGGUUUCCCCCCAGCUCCUAUCCACCCUCAGCCCCAGAGAAGUGGACCGACAGGCUGUCAUCUAUGAGCUGUUCACCACGGAGGUGUCCCACCUGCGGACUCUCCGGGUUCUGGACCAGGUCUUCUUCCAGAAGAUGAGGUCUGUGUUGAGUUCUGAUGAGCUGGCCUGCAUCUUCCCCAACUUGCCACAGGUCUACGAGCUGCACGCCAGUCUGUAUGAGGCGAUGAAGAGGAAGAGAGAGUCUCCCAUCGUUCAGGACAUCGGGGAUGUCAUGCUGGCCAGGUUUGAAGGUACCGCUGGGGAGGAGUUUCAGGAUCAUGCUUCCCAGCUGUGCAGUCAGCAGUCACAAGCUCUGGAAAUUAUUAAGAGCAAACAACGCAAAGACCCUCGGUUCGCUCACAUCAUCCAGGAGUGUGAGGCCAGCCCUCACUGUAGGAGACUGCAGCUCAAAGACCUGCUGGUGUCGGAGAUGCAGAGGGUCACCAAGUACCCGCUGCUGCUGGACAACAUCAUCAAACACACUGAGGCUGGCUCGUCGGACCUCUCCCUCCUCCAGCGGGCCCAGGCCUGUUGCCGGGGGAUUCUGCAGGCCGUCAACGAGGUCGUCAGAGAAACUGAACACCGGCAGCGCCUCGGCCAGUACCAACGCCGGCUGGACGCCGCGCCGCAGUUUAAGGUGACGCUGCCGGUUGUGUUUUUGUUUUGUAGUCUGGAUCUGACCAGCAAGAGAAUGAUCCAUGAAGGCUCCCUCACCUGGAAAGUCAGCAAAGACAAGACGCUAGAGAUUCAGGCGCUGCUGCUGUCAGACCUGCUGGUUCUGCUCCAGAGGGUUCCGGACGACCGGCUGCUGCUGCGCUACCCGUCCCGCUGGCUGGGCGGGGGCGGCGGGGGAGGGGGAGACACCAAGACCUCCUUCAGCCCCCUGGUCCGGCUGGACUCUCUGCUGGUCCGCUCCGUAGCCACAGACAACAAAGCGCUGUACGUCAUCAGCCCCACAGAGAGUCAGAUCUACGAGCUGGUGGCUGGCUCGGCCUCGGAGAAGAACACCUGGAAAGACUUGCUUGAGAAGACCAUCUCAUUGGCCGGCAGCUCAUCACCCUCGACCAAUCACAGUUCCACACCCAUAUCCUCCCCUGGUCUCAACAAUCCUUCCCCGGUCUCAUCUGGCAGGCGUAUCUACCCAUCAGGUGAUUCGAUGAAGGAGCGGUCGGUCCAGUCCUCUAGCGGCGACAACGCGCUCAUUUCCACCGCACCCACCGACCAAUCAGGAGCUUUCCUCUGUGGCGAUAGGCUAACAGUGGGCGUGGCCGAAGCCGCUCUGCAAGACGUUGAAACGCUGAGGCAGCUGAUAUUCCGAGAUCUGGAGGAAGACCAGUGGAGCCACAAUUCGGACAACACGCCCACCAACGAGACGACCAAUGAGAGGAGCACCUUCACUGACGGACAAAGGCCAGGGUCCCUUGAAACCGGCCUUGGUGUCAGUGUCAACCAAUGGGAGGCUGAGCCAGAGGAGGCCCCGCCUCCGGAGGCAGAGCACCCGGCCUUUCAGGUCAUGAGGAAAGGGAACACGUUCUACCUGGUGAUGCCCAGCGAGCAAGGCGAGAGCGCCACCGACGACUUCAACGACCCCCCCACACCCACCGCCCACGACUUCCCGCAGCCCCUGCAGGAAGUGAUGUCACUGCCAGUACAGCCGAGGGGGGAGGAGGUGGUCGUGGAGGAGGAGGAGGAGGUGGUGGGGCAGGGAGAUGCACAGGCUCAGGCUUGUGGUCUGAAGCCCAACCAAUCAGAAGCUUUGCAGCAGGAACAAGAAGAAGCAGCUGGCCAAUCGCAGACGGGGCUCCAGAGCCACGUAAUCAAGAACGUGGAUGAGAUUUUCCACACCAUCGAGGAGCUGAUGAGCAAACUGAACCAGCUGAGAGACUUGGAGAAAGCCCAUCACCGGCUCCUGAAGACCCUCAGAGAGCCCUCCGUCAGUCUGGAGCUGCAGGACCACCCGUGCCACACGCCGACCGUCACCAGGACGCCAUCUCUGGACCGUGGCUCAGUGGACGGCAGCGAGGGAAACCCAGCAGAACCCAGAAUUCAGUCAACCGGCUUCUGAUCUCGUCUCUGAGUGGAUUUCCUUAGCAACACACACUGUUGUGCUGGCGCUGAAACCAACACACACUUCUGCUCAGCGCGCUGACAGUCAGGUGACCUCGUCUCACCCCUCCAUCUGCCCUCUAACCCAUCCCCAGCAUGCAUUGGCUGUCAGAACAGAACCCGCAAUGGACCAUGGACGUUUUUCUCUUUGUCGCCCUUGGAUACCAGGAACCCGGAAGACGACCUCUGACCUCUCUCGCAGGGAGGCUUCAGUUGGGUCGAACCUGGAAAGACUCUGGAAGAAGUUGAGAGGAGGAAGAAAAGCUGCAGAGCCAACGGGUGAAGGAGAAGCUUUAUUAGGGAACGUUG